AUGCCAGAUUCUAUUGAUAUUGAUGAAGCAGAUGUACUUGUGUACAGCCAGGGGCUUGAGCGAGCAAGCCGAGUGACAAUGCAAAUUAACAAAUCUUUGAAGAGCAUUGCAAGGACUUCUGGUCACUCUAGUGAUCUGUUUACGCCAAUAGUCACACGAAACAACGUUUUGUCAACCUUGCAGAGGAAUAUCGAGAGUGUUUUGAAUUCAGUCGCUUCUGUGAAAGAUUUGGCUAACGAGGCUUCCAAACAUGAAAUGAUACUGAGGAAAGGUUUCCGUGAGAUGGGAUUGAAGCAGUAUAUCAAGGCAAUCUAUAAGUUGGAAGAUAUGCUGGAUGACAUCAAGGCCGACAGCGGAAAGAGAAUUAAUAGUUCCGAAUUUACAGGUAUUCGAACGCACCUGGAGGAGAUGAUCAAGGACAGCGAAACUACUCUGAAGGCAUAUUUCGUAUCGCUAGUCGGUUCAAUAAAGCCCUUCGAUCCUCAAAUCAACAUCAACAAGAAAAUACCGUUUCCCUAUUAUAAGGAUAAUCAGCUGGCUGAGAUGGCCCUAAUAAUCGACUACUUCCACAAUACUGUAUCUGCAUCUGCGCCUAUCGAGGACGUAUUCAUACAAGAGCGAAGUGAGAUAAUCCUCAAAUGCAUGGCGUUCCUGGAGCCUUUCGCCAAGAAGGUGCCAACCAACAGCAGCGCACCAUAUGAGAAGGAAAGCAGCGGCAUGUUGAGUUACAGUGAGGCUCUACUUGGUUUCAUAGCAAACGAAAAAUCAUUGGUGGAUGACUUGUAUUCGCAGGAACCGGGUCUCAAGACAAAGGUAUUUUCAGGCAUCAUUGUACCAUUAUUGUCAGCUUAUAUCAAGCUCAUUGACGUUAACCUGGAGUUUGUGCGUAAAAGCCUCGAAAAUACUGGUAUCCUGAGCUUUGAGCUGGCAGACAGCAUUCAUAGCGUCAAGAGGUUGCUAAAAACUGGGCCCCUAGAUAAUUACAGAGCUCUGUUGGAUUGUGCAGACAGUGUCCAUAGGGUUACGCAAUCGCUGUUCCGAGACGCUAUUCAGCGAAUUGAUGUUAAGGUUAGUCAAAUCUCGGCCAUUCCCGCUGAUAAUGGUGUUACGGAAGCAACUGUUGACACCAUGUCAAGACUGAGAAAGUUUAGUGAAUACAAAACGGGUUGCCUGGGUGCUAUGGAAAGUAUGACGAGAGAAAUGUGGCUUCCAUCUCCGUACAGGGAGAAAGAGUUUACUUACCAGGAUACACAAAAUUUGAAAGAACCUUCAGCCUUGCUUUCAUGCUUUUUAAGCGAUUGUAUUGACAUACUUGUGGCGAGCUUAGAGAAAAGGGCACAAAGGAUAUUAGCACCUAGUCUGGAGCCUGAUAUUAGCGGCCACAGUAGUAACAAAAAAAUUCCUAAACCACGCAUCGGAUUCUUCAUUAUAAUGAAUAUUACUUUGAUAGAGCAGAUUGUCGAGAAAUCAAAACUGAACGAACUCCUGGGCUCGGAUGGUCAUGGUAGGAUGGAGAAGUUGAAGAAAAAAUACAUUAAUUACUUGAUAUCAGACUGGAGAGAUCUUACCAGCAAUCUGAUGGAUUCUGUGUUUGUCGAUAGUACAGGAAAAAUCUCAUCAAAGGACAAAGAUCAAAUCAAAGAAAAAUUCAAAAAGUUUAAUGAGGGAUUUGAAGAGUUGGUAUCGAAAUAUAAGCAAUAUCGACUGUCGGAUAGAGCUCUGAAGGCAACUUUGAGAUCCGAAAUCGUUGCUUUGGUAAUGCCAAUGUAUGAAAGGUUUUACAGAAGAUACAAAGAUUCCUUUAAGAAUCCUAGAAAGCAUAUAAAAUAUCAACCAGACGAAAUAACAGCAAUAUUAAAUCAGUUGGGUAAGUGA